UAGUCCGAGUCUGAGUUUGUCUGUUUUUCAGAAUUCUAAAUUUGAUUGAAGAAAUUUGUCACGUUCCGGUUGCGAUGGACACGCUCUUUUGUGUGAUAUUUUGGAGCCUGAACAUGUUUUAUCUGUCAAAGAAAUUGGACCCAAACUUGCUCAACGUGAUGAUUAUAUUUCUGCUGACUUUGGUUCAAACCUUUGGAUAUUCGUACCUGGGAACGGAGCUGGCCGAGGAGGCUGAAGCAGUUGGCAAGGCCAUCUACGAUCUGCCGUGGUACGAGCACUCGGUUGAGUUGCAACGUUUCUACAGGCUGAUGAUUCAACGUACCCAGCGGCCUACUGGGAUUACGGGGGCAAAAUUUUUCAUCGUUCAGCUAACUACUUUUGCUAGUGUGGUCCAAAUGUCCUACUCGUACUAUUUGGUUCUUAGAGAUGUGCUUAACAAAUUGUAAAACUACUUCAAUUGGGAAUUUGAUAACAAACAUCCUAAUAUAACUAAGUGAU